AAAAGAACAACGAUGGCUACGUUGGACGGCUUGGAUAUAGAAAAUCGAGUUUAGCUGGCUUAAAAAGAAAAAGAAAAAAAGUAAACCGGAGUUGAUCUGAUUGAACCGGAAAUAGCCGGGUGAAAUCCUCAACUCCAUGUUUACUUUUGUUGCUGCUACUUAUACCAAUCACAGUAAAAGAUAAGAACGAUCAUCUCUCCCCCAAAUUUUGAAAAUUUCGAUCAUUUUUCUUCAAAACAAUUUGAGCAGCUUUCAUGGAUCUUACUUUCACUCACAGAUUCGUGAAGGUCAAUGGAAUCAACAUGCACUUCGCCGAGAAAACUCCCUCCUUCACCGACAACGUAGGUGCUUCACGUCCUCCUCCGGUGAUACUCUUCCUCCACGGAUUUCCGGAGCUCUGGUACACGUGGCGGCACCAGAUGGCGGCACUCUCGUCGCUAGGCUACCGCACAAUCGCCCCCGACCUGCGCGGAUACGGAGACACGGAGGCGCCGGAGAGCGCGGACGCGUACACGAGUCUCCACGUGGUCGGAGAUCUGAUCGGAUUGAUCGACGCGGUGGUCGGAGGAGAUCGGGAGAAAGUGUUCGUGGUGGGACACGAUUGGGGAGCGGUCAUCGCGUGGCAUCUCUGUCUUCUCCGACCGGACAGGGUUAAGGCUCUGGUCAACAUGAGUGUCGUGUUCGAGCCUUGGAACCUUAAGAGGAAACCGAUCUCCAUGUUUAAAUCGUUCUAUGGAGAUGACUACUAUAUCUGCAGGUUUCAGGAGUAUGGGGAAAUAGAGGCGGAGUUCGCUAAAGUUGGCACGGAACGAGUUCUCUUAGAGAUGUUAACGUAUCGUAAUCCUGGUCCUAUACUCUUACCUAAAGGGAAAAGCUAUGAUGAUCCUGUUUCACUGCCCUCUUGGCUAACCGAGUAUGAUGUUAAGUAUUAUGUUUCAAAGUACGAGAAGAGUGGCUUCACUGGACCUGUAAACUAUUAUCGAAACAUGGACCGGACAUGGGAGAUGAUGGGGGCAUUCUCAAACGCUCAAGUGAAAGUUCCGGUUAAGUUUAUAAUCGGGGACCAAGAUUUGACCUACCACAUUCCACGGACCAAGAAGUACAUCCACGAUGGCCGGUUUAAGAGCCACGUACCGUUGUUAGACGAAGUUGUGGUACUUAAAGGCGUUGGUCAUUUUCUCCAUGAGGAAAGGCCUGACGAGAUAAGUAAACACAUCCACGACUACUUCCUCACUUUUUAGACCCAUUGUAAUUCAAGUAUUACGGCUAAAACGGUAUCUUCCCAAUUGCAAGAUAUAAAAAAUGCUCUUCGAAUUACAUGAAUGAAAUUUGCAUAAACGUUGUUACCUCUAUGUAAUACUCCUUCAUGUCUCCAAGCUGAGGUUCAGAUCAAUAUAUUUGUAUUAUUGUAUAUAUAUAUUUGAAGAUGCGUAC